CGUUUUUGCCUCGGAAUUUCAAACCUCUGCAGCAAUCCUCAACCAUCCUCUCCUUUUCCUUCCUCACUUGUUCAGCCUCAUGAUCUUUCUAUCAUAUUUCACCACCCACUGAUUCACAAUGGGUAUCAUCAACAGUCUCACCAGCGGCACCUCUGACACUCCGAAAAUGCCAGCUACCGACUCCCACUUGAACAUCAUCAUCGUGGGCGCGGGCCUCAGUGGUCUCGCCACGGCCAUCUCGUGCGCCAUGUCCGGCCACACCGUCACCGUCCUCGAACAAGCACAAGAGCUGGCCGAAGUAGGUGCGGGGCUACAGAUCACGCCCAACGCCUCGCGCCUAUUCUCGCACUGGAAGCUGCCCUCAAAGAUCUGGACCGAGGCUGCCGAGCCGACUUCGCUGACGGUGCACCGCUACACGGGCGAGACGUUGGCGCACGAAGCAAACUUCGACCGCAACAUCCGCGCCAAGUACGGGGCGCCAUUCAUCGACCUGCACCGCGUGGACCUGCAGCAGGCGCUGUACGCGCGCGCCCGCGAACUAAAAGUGACGUUCUAUCUGGACGAGCGGGUCGAUGCCAUCGACUUCGAGACGACGACCAUCACCACGCUCAAGGGCCGACAGGUGAGCGGCGACCUCAUCAUCGCCGCCGACGGGCUGUGGUCGCGGUGUCGCGAGAACUUCUACGGCCGCAAGGACGAGCCGCUGCCGACGGGCGAUCUGGCGUACCGCAUCGUGUUGACGGCCGAGCAGGUCGCGGACGAUCCUGAGCUGCGCGCCUGGGUCGAAAACCCCACCGUGCACUUCUGGGUGGGACCAGGGGCGCAUGUGGUGGCGUACUCGUUGCGCGGGGGGGCAAUGUUCAACAUCGUCUUGCUGGUGCCGGACACGCUGCCGCCGGGGGUGUCGAGGCAGGCGGGGUCCGUCGAGGAGAUGCGCGGCUUGUUCGAGGGGUGGGAUCCAGUCUUGACCAAGUUCCUUGCCUACGUGAACGGGGUCGACAAAUGGAGACUCAUGCAUCACGCAGAAAUGGACUCUUGGAUCAACGACAAAUCAAACCUAGUCUUCAUCGGCGACGCCUGCCACCCCAUGCUCCCGUACCUCGCACAAGGCGCCAACUCCUCCCUCGAAGACGGAGCCGUGCUCGGUGGCCUCCUCGGCCACAUGACGAAUAAAGCCGACCUCCCGCAGAUUCUCAGGCUGUAUGAGAAGCUCCGCAAGUCGCGUGGGGAGGCCAUUGUGCGCGAGACAUUCAAGCAGAGAAACGACUUCCACAUGCACAACGGCCCCGAGCAAGAGAAGCGCGAUCAGGUCUUCCUCUCCCAAUUAGGCAAGGAACUGAAAGGCCCCUUCCCGAGUCGAUGGACCUGUCCCGAAGUCCAACCGUGGCUUUACGGCUACGACGCGAUCAAGGAGGUUGAGAACGUUGUGGCGGAGAAUCCAGGAUUGUUUGGCGCGCAGGUCACGGCGAACUUGUAGAACUGUUCCUUAUGUUCCUUUUUCAGCAUAUACAUCUUCACAGCGGGAUUCUAGGACAGGUGUUUUGGAUAAUCUAUAGUAUAUAUUGAUGUUGAC